AUGCGAUCGCUGCAUAAAUGCGACAAGUGCUGCAAAAAGUUUUAUUGCAAAACAACCCUAGAGCAACACAUUAGUACUUAUCAUGAUUUGUUAGUUUUUCCUUGUCCCGUAUGCGAAAAACCUUUCAAAAGACAAGAAACUAUGCUGAAACAUAAACUCUGUCACUGCCCAAAUUAUCAAAAGCCUCAAUUCCCUUGCGAUGUUUGCGAUAGCGUUUUAAGUACUGAAAACUCUUAUAAGAAACACAAAAAAUCGCACGAAAAACCCAAACCUACAAUUAUUUGUAAUGUUUGCGGCAAAACUAUUUUUAGAGAAAACUUUACGAUUCACAUGCGGAGACAUACGGGCGAAAAACCUUUUAGGUGCGACCUGUGUGAAGCCGCCUUUAUUAGAAGCAGCCUUUUGACUGAACACUUGAGGACUCACACCAAUGAAAAGCCUUACGAGUGCACUUAUUGCCAGAAAAAGUUUUUUGUGAAAACAGCCUUGAACACUCACUUGUUAGCGCAUAAGGGCGUCAAGCCUUAUGAAUGCGAAUUGUGUUUGAAACGGUUUUAUCAAAGAUGGCAGUUGAGGAAGCAUCGGUUGGAUAAUGGACAUAUUGAAUCCAGCCUAAGGCUUAUUAUACGCUUAAAGAGGGAUACAUUUAAGAAGAACAAAAUUGGAAUUUGGGGUAUUACAGAAUCAAAGUCUAAUGUGGCUGCAAGGAAGAAGACAAAAAAUGAGACAAAUCCAAAAGUGAAAGAUGAAAGUUUUACUAGAAAAUCUACACCAGAACUUGCAGAAGAAAAGAAACCCUCAAAAAAAUCUACUAGAAAAUUGUCAAUUAAACUUGAAAGAAGAAAAUCUACUGAAAAGUCUUCUAGAAAAUCAAUAGAAGGUUCGUCAAAGAAAACCGAUAAACAAGCCAAAGGCGACGAACAGAAAUCUGCAAAAAAGCCAUUACCAAAGGAAUCCACAAUGGAAAAAGUUGCUGCAAAAGAAAUAACAAAGUCUGAGAAGGCGGAAUCAGAUAUCAAAAAAAUUGACAAGGCAUCUACAAUAUCGGAUAAAAAUGUUGCACAAGAAACAACAAAGUCUGAAAAAACGGAACUAGAAAUCAAAAAAGAUUCAUCUACAGAAAAAACUGACAAAACAUCUACAACAUCGGACAAAAAUGCUGCAAAAGAAACUGCAAAGUCUGAGUCAGAGAUUAAAAAAACCUCAUCUAUAGAAAAUAUAACUAAAAAAACUGACAAAACAUCUAUAUCAGACAAAAAUGUUGCAAAAGAAGCUACAAAGUCUGAGAAAACAGAGUCAGAAAUUAGAAAAACUGCAUCUACGGAAAAUAUAACUAAAAAAACUGACAAAACAUCUACAACAUUGGACAAAAAUGUUGCAAAAGAAGCUACAAAGUCUGAGAAAACAGAGUCAGAAAUUAAAAAAACCUCAUCUACAGAAAAUACAACUAAAAAAACUGACAAAACAUCUACAACAUCGGACAAAAAUGCUGCAAAAGGAACAACAAAGUCUGACAAAACAGAAUCAGAGAAAAAAAGACCCACCAAAACUUUAUCAGCACAAAAAUUCUCAGAUUCUAAAAAAACAGACGAAAGCAGAAAGUCUGCAUCUAACACAAAAUCCGAAAAAAAAACAGAAAAACCUUCAGCUAUCGAAUCCCUUAAACUAGCAAUAGCAAAGAAAGUGGAAGCUUCCACCUCCAACCCCAGCACACCCAACGUCUUGGACAUUUUAAACAAACCCAAAUUCAUUAUUCCCAAAAAGGGCCAUAAAUCACCACCAAAAAUUAUUGAACCAAUCAAACAAAUCAAAUCUUUCUAUUGCAACAAAUGCGGCUCCCACUUCGAAGACUUUGAAAAACUACACGAACACUUGUUCAAAACCAGCAAAACCAAUCACACAUUCCGCUGCGCCAAUUGCCAAUAUCUAAUUGGUAAAACCUUGGUAGAUGUGACCAAUCACAUCAACAAAUUUUGUUCCAAAGAAGAAUAUAAAGUAGCUGAAGAAAAGUGCAAAUCAAAAUAUUAUUGUGAACGUUGCGGUAAAGAAUGUAGUUCCCUUUACAAACUAGAAAGGCAUUACGAAGAUCACGAAAACGAAGUUCUUUGUUGUUCUUUGUGUAGUCAUCAAGCCACAAACUUUCUAGAAUUGUUGUAUCACUUCAGAGAACAUACUGUUACGGGUAAUAUUAAAAUCAAAUGCAAUUUAUGCCCCUUGAAGUUUUACGCAACUUUACCGUGCAAAUUGCAUUAUUACACAGUGCAUUCGCACAUUUUCAAUGUACCAUAUGAAUGUGAUUUAUGUUUUGCUGUAUUUUUUGAUGAGGAGGAAAAGUUUUUGACUCACGUGCAAGGACAUUGUAAGAUAAACAAAAAACAUAAAAAAGAUGUUGCUAAAUUGACUUGCGAAGUUUGUGCAAAAGUAUUCGAUAGUUUUGCAGAGUGCAAAAAGCACAAAACCGAAGGGCACAAUUUGUCUUUCAACGAAGAACGGCCUUGUCCUCAAUGUAACAGACUUAUAACUGUUUCGGGGAUUUCUAGUCACUUGUUGAUGCAUCAAAAGGAGAAGGCAGUUAGUAUUGAAAAGAAUAAAAUGCAAACAGAGGCAAAGGUUUUUGACAUUGAGAAAACGGCUAUUGUGCAAACGGACCAUCAAAAGGCUAUUGUGCAAACGGAGAUUUCCAGUCAAUUGUUGAUGCAAAAUGAUCACGAAGAUUCCUUAGACACCAAGUUAACAUUCCAGGCACCAGAAUUGCCUUCAACAUCCACUCAAAUGAAUACUUGGACUUCUGGUGUAAUGACUGCUGAAAGUGUUGGAUAUUUAACUCCAGUCCACAAUGAAGCUCCAACAGAAGAGGACGAUUUUGGUAUUCCCUCAUCGUUUGGUAUGGCAUCGGGUCAUCUGGAGCCACCGUUGAUACCUGAAUAUCCAUCUUGUCCGCAAGUUGAUUUGUCCGAAUGGGUUUCUACUUCUCCUCGGUUUAGAGAGUCUGACGAAGAAUCUGGUGAAGUCAAUGAGCUUGUCUUUCAACCUCCUCCAUGUACGGAAAAUCGAUUAUCAUUUGAACCGCCUGAAUGUAAUAUGGAUAGAUUUAGUCCAUAUCCAUUAUUAAUAUUAGAUGAAGUGACUAGUGAGACUCCAAAAAAUGAAAAGCUAGUGAAAUCUUUCUACUGUCAUAGAUGCGGUAGAUUCUUUGCAACAUUUUUCAAGCUCCACUUCCACAUCCUUAAAUAUAGUAAACAUAGACAUCGAUUCCGUUGUGCCGUCUGCAAAUACACAGUGGGAUCAGGUGCUUUAAUCGAAUUGCUUCGUCAUAUUAAAAAGUUUCAUAGCAGUGAUACGUUUAAAAAUGCGGAGGACAAAAUGGUAGAAGACGAGCCUGAGGUGAUACGUUAUUACUGCGCAAGCUGCGGCAAAGGGAUGCGCACCUUGUAUGAUUUGCUGAUACACGAUAAAGACCAUCAAGGUGAUCUCUUAUGCUGUGACGUAUGUCCUAAACAAACAGCUACCUUGUUAAUGUUGAUGACUCAUUAUCAAGAACACUCAGUACUAGGACAUAUUUAUUUACCAUGUCAUAUGUGUUCGUUGGAAUUCUACCACCCAACACCAUUGAAGUUCCACUAUUACACCGUCCACAAGCUCAUUUUAAAUAUACCAUACGAGUGUGAUUUGUGCCUCGGCGUUUUAUUUGACGACGAAGAAAGGUUUCUUUUUCACGUACAAGCUCAUUCGCGUUUAAAUACAGUAAUAAAACCGAACAGACCUAGAAUAGAUGUGUCCAAAUUGACUUGCGAAGUGUGCGCCCGAGUAUAUGACACUAUUGCCGAGUGCAAUGAACAUAGAACAAGAGUGCACCAACUAAAUGCUGAAGGAACUUGUCCGAUUUGCCAACUAUCGUUGAGUCUAGCAGAUAUGUCUGAUCAUUUGACUUUGCAUACAAAACGCAAAGUGCGUGAGUUCUUUAUUGAAUUUCCUAACCACGCACCUACUAAAAAGAAUAGACCAGCAGCUAUUCAAUGUACCGAACCGGACAUGGAAGCUUAUGUCAUUGCAAAAAGAAUCGCUUUAGGCCUAUUACCUCUACCGGUAGCUGUGGCAACGAAAAAAGCAAAAAAAAGAGCAAGGGAAAUUAUUAAUUCUAUAUUAGUAGGGCCAGACAAACAGUUAGCUCUUGACCAAAUUGCCAAAACAAAUCCUAUUGGCAAGCCUGAACCAACUCAACCUUUACCAUCUUUAUCAAGACAACCUCACCCACCAAUUAAAUCUGAUCCAAUUGAACCUUUACCAUCAACAUCCAAACAACCUUACCAGCCAAGAUCUCCAAUUCGACUUAACCUUAAAUCUGGUCGAAAUAACGUAAAAUGCACCGAAUGCGACAAAUCAUUUGCUCAAACUUUUUCGUUGAACGAACACAUGAAAGAGCACGUUUUAGAAAAAGCCUCGUCAUUGCAACAACAACCAAUCAAGUCUCAAAUGAAAUGCACCAAAUGCGAUAAAUCUUUCACUCUUUCUAUCGCAUUGAAGAAGCACAUGGAGGAGCACGCGUUAGAAAAGGUCUCGUCAUCUAAACAACAACCUAGACUACCAAUUGUUCCAAUUGAGUCUGGUCCAACUCGAAUAAAAUGCACAAAAUGCGAUAAAUCUUUCAUUUCUUCUGUUGCAUUGAAAAAACACAUGAAAGAGCACGUUUCACCGAUGCAAAACCAGCCCAAACCACAAAUUCAAAUGAAUCUUAAGUCCGGUCCAACUCAAAUGAAAUGCACUAAAUGCGAUAAAUCUUUCACUUUUUCUAUUUUGUUGAAAGAACACAUGAAGGAACACAUUUUGCCAUUGCAACAAUCGACUGAAUGUCAAGCUCCAUCAUCAGAUGACAUGUUUUUGGAGUGGAGUUCUGGUAUUGAACCAGACGAAAUGAUUCGUGAUCAGCCCGAUAAUAAUGGUAGUUAUUGGGUGGACAAAACAAUAUCACAUGUUGAAGAGCCUAUUGUGGAUCCUAAUUCCAUAGAUUAUAUACAGUAUUGUUAUGGAAAAGAUACGCCAUAUUCUCCAAAAUAA